CAAAUUAGCCGUAUUUUCCCCACUAGUAUCCAGCAGGGGGCGUCGUUCGUGUAUCUAGUCACGUGACUCUGGGGCCUGCACUCGCUGGCUAGCCGACUAAGAUGGCGGCGGAAGCGGCGGGCGCUGUGGAGUGGGGCCCUGUGAACUCGGCCUGAGCCCGUCCGUCCGUCUCCUCAGUGCACUGUACUUCUGCAACCACACACCUCCUCCAAUCCGCCCCUCCCAGCUAAAGCAUGAGGGGUCGCAGGGGCAGGCCGCCCAAGUGUCCUGUGUUACCCGACAGCUCCCCGGGGCCCACCGCCGGCCUGAGGUCCCGCCUCCGGGGCAGCAGUAGAGGCCGCUGGGCCCCAGAGAACCAAGGCACCCCCCGCAACAGUAGUAGAAUCAACUCCCCUCCCUCCAGCAGCUCCCCUCGCGGCCGAAAGCGCAGGAAGGCCGGCACGGGCCCUGGAAGGGGUAGGGGUCGAGGUGGCCCCAGAGCAGGAGCGCGGAGGAGCCUUUGCAAGGUGGUAUAUGAUGAUCAUGAGAGCGAGGAGGAUGGGGUGCCGGGUGGCCGCAGGGACAGUGAGGAGGAGGAGGAGGCGGCGGUGGCAGACGAAGAGCCAGAAGAAGAGGAGGAAAUGGAGGACUCGGACUAUCAGCAGGAGCUGGAGGAAGAUGAGGAUGAUGCCAGUUACUGCACUGAGAGCAGCUUCAGGAGCCACAGCACGUACAGCAGCACCCCGGGAAGGCGGAAAUCCAGAAUUCAUCGCCCUCGCUCCCCAAUAUUUGAGGAGAAAGACAUUCCUCCUCUGGAAUUUCCCAAGUCCUCAGAAGACUUACUGUUGCCCAGUGAGCACUUAAUGAAUGUGGUUGCCAUUUAUGAAGUACUGAGGAACUUUGGCACUGUUUUACGCCUCUCUCCUUUCCGCUUUGAGGACUUUUGUGCCGCUCUUGUAAGUCUGGAACAAUGCACGCUAAUGGCAGAAACUCAUGUGGCGCUUUUGAAAGCUGUUCUACGUGAGGAGGACACGUCAAACACAACUUUUGGACCUGCUGAUCUUAAAGAUAGUGUGAAUUCUACAUUGUACUUAAUAGAUGGUAUGACGUGGCCAGAAGUGCUGCGAGUGUACUGUGAGAGCGACAAAGAAUACCAUCAUGUGCUUCCAUACCAGGAGGUAGAAGAGUACCCCUUUGGACCAAUCGAAAGUAAAGUACAGGUUCUUCUUUUUUUAGUAGAUCAGUUCCUUACUACCAACAUGGCCCGAGAGGAAUUAAUGUCCGAAGGGGUAAUCCAAUACGAUGAUCAUUGUCGGGUUUGUCAUAAACUCGGUGACUUGCUUUGCUGUGAGACAUGCUCCGCUGUCUACCACUUGGAGUGCGUUAAACCCCCUCUACAGGAGGUUCCAGAAGAUGAAUGGCAGUGUGAGGUGUGUGUGGCACAUAAGGUGCCUGGAGUAAAUGACUGUGUUGCUGAAAUCCAAAAAACGAAACCGUAUAUAAGACAUGAACCUAUUGGCUACGACCGGAACAGACGGAAAUACUGGUUUCUCAACAGACGGAUCAUUAUAGAGGAAGACUCUGAGAUUGACAAGAAGAUCUGGUACUAUAGCACCAAGGUCCAGCUAGCAGAAAUGAUGGAAAAUCUAGAUAGAAAUUAUUGGGAAGCAGAUCUCUGUAAAACCCUAGAUGAGCUGCAGGAAGAAAUCCACAGGCACAUGGAUCUAACUGAGGAACUUACUAACAAAGCUCGGGGAAACAACAAGUCCUACCUAUUUGUGGCCAAUGAGGAAAUAAUGGAGAAAAUGAAGGCUAGGCAAAGUUCAUUGGAAGAAAAGAAAUCUUCAGAAGAAAAUAUGGCUGGGGAAGCUCUGAAGUGUACAGAGGAUGAAAAAGUAAAAUCGGAGACAGAAAAUCCAGAGGAAAAAGCCCAAGCAGACAAAACUACUCGAGAGGACUCAGUCUCUAAAGAACUAGGCACCAACCCUGUUGAAUCUGCUGCUUCUCUAAAGGUGGCAACUCCAGGGGCAAAAGAAGACUGCAGCAAAGUGGCUGAAGCUGAAAAGGGCACAGAUAAGUCUUCCUCUGCAGCUCAGCCAGCAAAUCCACCUGACACAGUCUCCAGUACAAACAUUUCUCCAGCUCUUCAAGCUUGCAGAGAAGAUGGAAACAGUGCUGCUCCACAGGACUCGCCCUGCACCAAGAAUGAACCCAGGAAACACACUGACAACACUGAGAAUGUUGAGGGCAGACACAGCCCUGCUUCCGCUAAUCCUGAUGAAAAAGCACCGACAGAAGUAAAAUCAGAGAAGAUCAACUCUGAGCAUGGCGAUUCUUUGGGCACAGGGAAAGCAUCCUCCUCACGCAUGGUGACCAGAUUAAGGAACCCAGACAGCAAGUUAAGUCUGCUGAAGAACCAUCAGGUUUCAUCUGCAACCCAUGAAGCAAAUAAGAUUUUUAAGGAAGGCAGAGAGGUUCUGGUGGUUAACUCUCAAGGUGAAAUUUCCCGCCUGAGUGCCAGGAAGGAAGUGAUCAUCAGGGGCACCCUGAGCCAUUAUUUCAAACUGGGCCAAGAGGGCAAAUACAGAGUAUAUCACAACCAGUACACCACCAAUUCUUUUGCACUGAACAAACACCAGCACAGGGAAGACCAUGACAAAAGAAGACACUUGUCACACAAGUUCUGCGUGUCACCCCUGGGCGAAUUCAAGUGGAAUGGGUCUGUGCAUGGGUCCAAGGUACUGACCGUCUCCACACUGAGACUGACCAUAGUGCAACUCGAAAAUAAUAUCCCAGCAUCUUUCCUUCACCCUAACUGGGCCUCUCACAGGUCAAAUUGGAUAAAGGCAGUUCAGAUGUGUAGCAAACCCAGAGAAUUUGCACUUGCCAUAGCAAUCCUGGAGUGUGCAAUUAAACCUGUUGUCAUACUACCAAUAUGGAGGGAUUGUUUAGGCCACACAAGGUUACGUAGAAUGACCUCUCUGGAGAGGGAAGAAAAAGACAAGGUUAAGAAAAAAGAGAGAAAGCAAGAGGAAGAGGAGAGUAUGCAGCAGGCAACAUGGGUGAAGUACUCAUUCCCUGUGAAACACCAGGUUUGGAAACAAAAAGGAGAGGAGUACAGAGUCACUGGCUAUGGAGGCUGGUGCUGGAUCAGUAAAACACACGUAUCUAGGUUUGUUUCUCGUUUUCCCGGAAACACAAACGUCUUCUAUAAGAAGCACCUUGUUAAGGGCAGAGAGAAGGCUGAAAGUCUUCCAUCAUUAGACGAAAGGCACAGCCUGGCAAAGGUUAAAGUAGAGGACCAUGUAAAUCUUGAGGAGUCUGAGAAUGGGCUAAAGGAAAAUUCCAAAGGCAUACCCAAUCCAGUGGAUUCAAAGGACCAAAUGAAAAAAGAGGAGAGUGAAAAAAAAGAGAAGAUGGAAGUUGAUUGCACACCUACAGGUGACAAAGAUCAUGAAGACCUACAUUGUGAAAGCAAUAAUACAAUUAAAGAAGAGCCAAUGGAAGUGGACAAAACCAAAUCUAAAUCUUGUAAGAAAGAGGAAGAGACUUUUCCUGAUGCAGAUUUAAUCAAUGUUAGUGAGGGCUUCCAGGCCAGAACGUGGUAUAAAAAGAAAGUAAAAACAUCAAGGUUAGAUGGACUACUUGAAAGGCGUAUCAAGCAGUUUACACUGGAAGAAAAACAGAGGAUCGAAAAAUUAAAACUGGAGCAUGCUGCCAAAAAUGGCACAAGUAUUUCACACUCUCAAACUCAAAGCAUUUCCAAUAGCAGCAAGUUACCCAGCAACCAAGGUAAUGAGAUGUUAGCUACGCAUGGUGGUAGCUUAGACAAGACAGAAAUACUAAAAUCUAAUGAGAACUGUGCUGAUACCGAUGGUGCUAAACCCAACACACUUUCCUCGGGUAUCCUCCCUGAAGUUGAGGCCAGAAAAAGCAAUUCCUUAUCUGUUCCAAGUCUGGAGAGCCAGCAAAGAACAGAGUGUAUUGAAAACAAAGCUAAUGUAAUACAAAGGGAAGAAAAGGAAAGAUGCUCAGAAGCUCAAUGGUCAGCACAGGCAGCUGAAUUCAAUUCUUCAAAGUCAGAAAAUCUCAGGCAAACAGGGGUAAUUGCUUCAGAAAGUGAAGGAUUAAAAAAAGACUCUUCUGGAAGUUUCUCUGUGGGAAAUGAUGCAAUAACUAGCAGUGUACAGUCUUCUCCACUAGUACCUGCACAUAAUACAGGAGACCAAGACUGUCCUCAAAGCAGUUUGCCCAAUAAAGAAGCAGCUGAAAUCAAGUGUCAGACAGUGGAGCAUUUAACUGAAAAGCCAAACUCCCUAGUUGGGGAGGAGGAGACGGAUUGUAAUUUAACACACAGCAGUGAGGGAAGUCAUUUAUCCGAUGACUGGAGUAGCAAGGAUGAAAACAUCAAAACUGAAUUUGCAAAAUCGGAGAUUUUAGCAGAAGAAAUACCUUUUUUGAAAUCUGUGGCCAGCAAGAAAAAAUCUAAUGAUUUAUUAGAAUCUCAAAACCUCACUGCUAAUGGAGACCAGCCAGGUAAAGAUGAGAAACUGGAUCAGCAUGAUAUUGUUAACUCUUUGGACCAUACCAGUGAGAAAGACCAACACUGCAAUAAGGACAAACCUGUAAUACAGAAAAAUCAGACAGAGGAAAUUGCAGUAUCUCAGGUCAAUGGAAAAGAUGUGAAUUCUAAUGAGUGCUUAGCCAGUGAUAUAGAGGCUGAGAUUAGGAGCGUUCGGGGGAUUGAGCCAAAAGCAAACAACAUCUCAAAAAUUUUCUCUGAACACGAUGUUAAAUCAAGGGAACACACAGGAAAACCUCUUAUGAACGGGGACAUUAGCACUGAAGAUGCAGAAGACAAACCUUCUAGAUUUUUUGAUGGUGAAUUAAAAGAAAUGUUGAAUGUUGGUGAGGAAAAGUUUAAGGAAAAAUCUCUUGAUUUUACUGGAAAAAACUCUACAUCUUCAGGCCCAAGGGACAGUUUGCUUGGUGCCAAAGAAACCAGGGAAUCUGAAGAGCUGCAAAAAACAAGCCUUUCUGCUUUCACGUUAGGGGAAGAAGAAGAUUCUAGUUUGAGCAGUGAUUUUGCAGACCAUAAUGGUGUGCACACAGAUUCCAGUGGGGAAAAUCAAAUCACAACUGUUGUAACCCAAGUUACCACAACAUCAACCAUGUCUGUAUCUAAGACAGUUGUUGAGAUGUCUUGUCAGUCUUCUAACAGAACAGGGACAACCGUUGUUUCAUCCACGGAAAAUACCUCUGUUUCCAGUAUAACCAAAACCACUACUAUGACAAAAAUAUCUGCCCCCGAUCCAAACACUGUUACUGAAGUGGUGUCUGUAAAGGAGCAGAAUAAAGUCAAUAUGAGCACAACUGUUACAGAUUCACUGACCACUGCUGGUCGGACCAUUUUGUCCUCUGUAACUGUGAGCAAAGAAUAUUCCACAAAAGACAAAGUUAAACUGGUUAAAUUCACCAAGCCAAAAAAGAUGCGCUCAGGGACUGCUCUCCCUUCUUAUAGAAAGUUUGUUACUAAAAGUAACAAGAAGAGUAUUUUUGUCUUGCCAAACGAUGAACUUAAAAAACUCUCACGGAAGGGAGGUAUACGAGAAGUUCCUGGAUUCAAUUAUAAUGCCAAACCUGUGCAGGAUAUUUGGCCCUAUCCUUCACCCAGACCAACAUUUGGGAUUACAUGGAGGUAUCGCCUUCAAACUGUAAAGUCUUUGGCUAGUGUGAGUCUCAUGCUGCGCUUGCUAUGGGCGAGUUUAAGAUGGGAUGACAUGGCAGCUAAGCCCCCUCCAGGUGGAGGGAUAACAAGGACAGAAUCCUCUGAAACUGAAAUUACAACCACUGAGAUUAUCAAGAGGAGAGAUGUUGGUCCAUAUUCGAUUCGAGCAGAAUAUUGCAUUAGGAAGAUCAUUUGUCCUAUGGGUGUUCCAGAGGCACCAAAAGAAUCGCCUAUCCCCCAGAGGAAGGGACUUCGGUCAAGUGCAUUGAGGCCCAAAAGACCGGUAAUCCCUAAGCAGACAGGUCCUAUCAUUCUAGAGACUUGGGUCGCUGAGGAGGAACUGGAGUUAUGGGAGAUAAAAUGCUUUUCAGAAAGGUUGGAGAAAGAAAAGGUCCAGUCUGUGGAGCAGCAGGCUAAGGUUAGUGAUCAGAAGAAGUCAGAGGAGAUGAAGGCCCAAGUGGAGGCUCAGCUAAAGCAACAGCGCUUGACCACUCAGCAGAAACGACUGGAGCAGCAGAAGCAACUACCUUGCAUGAGCAAUACAUCUAACACCUCCACCAGCACUGUAACUUCUUUCUCCACGCCCCACAAACUGAUGGUAGGGUCUGUCACCCCUGGAACCAAAGUUGUUCUUGCAACAAAGGUCAGCUCUCCAGCAUCUGUGACAUUUCAGCAGAGCAAGAACUUUCACCAAACGUUUGCAACUUGGGUUAAGCAAGGCCAGACUACUACAGCCCCCAGCACAACGGUUACAUCCAGUCCUACCAUCACUACAUCGGGCCAGGCUUACCAGAUUACUGGCAGCCCAGUUACUAUGGCUGGCAAAGUCAUGACAAAGCUUCCUCUGCCAGUCAAUAGUAAGCUGGUUGCUGUGAAUGUACCGUCAACCCAAGGAGCAGUAGUUCAGGUGCAACAAAAAGUAUUAGGACUCAUUCCUACCAAUGCAGGAGGACAACAGACGUUUACAACCUUCCAGCCUCGAACAGCAACUGUUACAAUUCAGCAGAGUACACCAGGAACUACUUGUGCUUCAACCACUAGCCAGCAGGUAAUAACUGCAGGGGCCCAGAUAAGGCCAGGGGUGACAGUUAUCAGGACCCCCAUUCAGCAAUCUCCAGUGGGAAAAAGCUAUAUACGGGCACCACUUGUUGUACAGCAGGGGAUAAUUUCAUCAGGGCACCCUCAGCAGGUUGUAACCCAGCUUGUAAGAGGCCAGCCUGUCCCCACCACUGUGGCUGCUGGGACUACAGUUUCUAGUGGGGCACAGAAGGUUAGCACACCCAUACAGCAGCCCCAGCCACAGGCCACCACUCCUCAGGCUGCCAAACCUCAGCAAGGACAAGUAAAGCUGACAAUGGCACAGCUAACCCAGCUUACUCAAGGACAGGGUGGUGGACAGAGCCUCACUGUUGUUGUUCAGGGACAGGGACAGACUACUGGCCAAUUGCAGUUGAUUCCUCCAGGGAUGACCAUCAUACCAACCCCAGGGCAGCAACUAAUGCAGGCAGCAAUGCCAAAUGGCACCAUCCAGCGGUUCCUCUUCACUCCAUUACCUGCCGUGUCCUCAUCAACCAGCACAACCCAGACGUCAACCCCUUCUGCUUUUUCACCUGCGUCUGGGCAGAAGCCUUCCUCUCAGAAUCUGGGGCAGGACAGCCAACCUCCACCUCCAUUGGCCCCUUCCAAGCCACCCUGCCCACCACUGGCCCUAGACCAAGAAAAGUCUGCUUUGGUGCCCUCUGAAGCAGUUGCUAAGGCUCAGUUCCCAACAUCCUCUCCACAGCCAGCUCAAGUGUCAGUGCCAGCUCCAGCCUCUACUCAGCCUAGCCUGGCAUCUCAGUGUGAACUACAAACUCCUGUCACCCCUCAGUCCCUGUCCCAUCUACAGGCUGACACACAUCUACCCUUGCAGCAGCCGCACACACUUUUAGCAGCUGAUGCCUCACAGCAUAUGGAAGUUCAGCCAGCCAUCUCUGGCCAUCCUGAAACAAAAUCUUCCUGUCAGGUUUCCUUAUCACAGGCUUGUCCACAAGUCACACCACAGUCACCAAUUCAGAGCCGGCCUCAGACCCAGACUGCACUCCUGGCACAAGACCAUGUUCCACAGACUGUUCAUAUGACACUGCCAGCUUCCUUCAACAUUCAGUCACCAGUACAACAUCUGCAAGCACCAGCCCAACCACAGAGCCACAUGCAGACUAUUGCAGCCAGUCAGGCAGUGACUGUUCAGUCCCCUUCCCGAGCACAGUUGCACAUUCAGCCUCCACAUACCCAGGUAAUUACUGUUCCUCAGCUCCAGCAACAGGUGCAGGUCCUCUCCCACUUGCAGUCUCAUGUGGUAGCCCAGAUACAGGCACAGCAAGGAGGAAUUCCCCAGCAAAUUAAGCUGCAGCUGCCCUUCCAAAUUCAGCAGGCCGGUACAGUUCAGGCACAUCAGAUCCAGAACGUGGUUGCUGUGCAGGCGGCCAGUGUGCAGGAGCAGCUGCAGAGGCUGCAACAGCUCAAAGAGCAACAGCAAAAGAAAAAGCAGCUAGAAGUGAAACGAGAGCAGAGCCUUCAUACCUCCAGCCAAUGUGAUGUUCAGAAACAGGUUCUAAUGAAGCAGAAUGCUGCUAUAGAGAACUUAAAACAGAAGAAGACGCUGUCUCCUCUGGAACGGGAGGAGAAUCAGAGGAUGAUUGUGUGCAACCAAGUAAUGAAGCACAUCUUGGAUAAAAUUGACAAGGAGGAAAAACAAGCCGCGAAGAAGAGGAAGCGUGAGGAGAGUGUAGAGCAGAAGAGAUGCAAACAGAAUGCUAGCAAGCUCUCAGCCCUGCUGUUUAAGCACAAAGAGCUGCUCAAGGCAGAGAUUUUAAAGAAGCGGGCACUUUUGGACAAGGACCUACAGAUAGAGGUGCAGGAAGAGCUAAAGAAAGACCUAAGUAAGAUACAAAAGGAGAAAGAGAGAGAGGAAGCUGCGGCUGCUGCUGCCGCCGCCGCUGCUGCUGCGGCCACUGCUGCUGCAUCUGCUACCACACCAACUACCCCACCACUUCCCUCUCCGCCCCCACAUUCUCCAGUGUCCAUCUCACACCCUGCAUCUUCUCACAAAAGGAAAAGAGAUGAGGAUAAAGAGCCCAUACCUUCCAAGUCCAAGAAGAAGAAAAUGAUUUCUACUACCUCAAAGGAUUCUAAACAAGACAACAAGAUUUACUGCAUCUGCAAGACUCCAUACGAUGAAUCCAAGUUCUAUAUUGGCUGUGAGCUAUGUGGUAACUGGUUUCAUGGAGAAUGUGUUGGGAUCACAGAGAAAGAAGCCAAGAAAGUGGAUGUGUACAUCUGUAAAGAUUGUAAACGGCCACAAGAGGGCAACAGUGAGGAGUUGUAUUGUAUCUGCAGAACACCUUAUGAUGAUUCACAAUUUUAUAUUGGCUGUGACCGCUGCCAGAACUGGUUUCAUGGGCGCUGUGUUGGCAUUCUGCAAAGUGAAGCUGACUACAUUGAUGAAUAUGUGUGCCCGCAAUGCCAGUCAACAGAGGACGCCAUGACCGUGCUCAGUCCCCUAACAGACAAAGAUUAUGAAGGACUGAAGCGUGUUUUGCGAUCAUUACAGUCUCACAAAAUGGCCUGGCCUUUCCAAGAACCUGUGGAUCCAGUAGAUGCACCAGAUUAUUAUGGAGUUAUCAAAGAGCCAAUGGACCUCUCUACCAUAGAAGAGCGGCUAAAGACACGAUUCUACAAGAAGCUGACAGAAUUUGUAGCGGACAUGACCAAAAUAUUUGAUAAUUGUCGUUACUACAAUCCCAGCGAUUCCUUUUUCUAUCAGAGUGUCGAGGUUCUGGAGUCCUUCUUUGUUCAGAAAUUAAAGGCUUUUAAGGCAAGCAGAUUGUGAUGCAUUUAGUAUGAUCAUUUUAACUGGAAUUGCGCCUGGAUGUUGUCUCUCCAUGGUUGUGUUUUGGGUUUUUUUUUAGUCUGUCUGUCUUGGCAUUGUUUAAAAAAAAAAACAAAAAAAAACCAAUGCAAGUUUCCCCCACCCCAGCACCAUCUGUCUCACAAAGUUAAGCUCCACACAGUGACUCUAUUUGUCAUCUUAUAAGCUAAAGCCGUUGUUGCUCUUCAUGGCAAUACUGUAGUAAGGACAUGUGGCCAAGCGCCUGAGGUUGUAUUUUAUUGUACAAAACUGGUGUUGAUCCUGAGUGGCUCAUAACCCACAACAGCUCCCUGGCCACAAGUGUACAGUGCAGAAAUGAUUGUAAAAUAUUAUAUAUUUUUGUACAUAUAAUGUAGAAUUCAUUUGGAACCAUACGAGUUGUGGAAGUUUCUUUAGAAGAUUAUUACGUUUCCCUUUUUUUCCCUCUUUAACAAUUUUGCCUUUGUCAUCAAAUAUGAGCAGAUACAAAUUGUGUUGAUGUGGCUGCACACUUUGGUGUUCUGGUGACACAUUUGGGCUUUAAUUUACAGCUUGCCUUCAGAAAAUCUGGGCUCCUGCAAGUUCCCUUUCCACUAGUUUAACCCUCAUCUGUGUCCUUACAGUAGUAAGUGCAGAAAUAGGGUUAACACCCUUAUUUUGUGUGUUAUGCAGGUCUCACAACAAGAAGCUGCAGUCUCCAUCUUAACAUAAAUGCUUAAAAACCCUCACGCAUGGCUGUCCCACACAGCAGGAAUAUUGCUGGGCAUUUUUACUGUCUGGUUCUCCUGACCAUAAAGGUCCAGUGACGGUAUAGGAUUCUUAUUUUGUCCAAAGGACAAAGCAGACAAACGGUGGGGUGGGGGGGAAAUGUUUUUUUUAGCCCUCAUUUUUGUCCUCAAGACAAAAAAAAAAGUUCAUUUGAAUAAAGGAGGAAGAAAACCCGCAAGAGAUGGAGUUGAACAGGCUCCAUGGAAAUGCCACGUCUGUUCUUCAGUGAAGAAGCUGGUUUAAAGUCCACAUUGAUACCUUUUGACUGUUUAUUUAUUGUUAAAAAGAGACACUUUUUUUAUUGCUGCCCUCGUUUGUCAACUAAUUAUUUUUUCUUAUUAAAACAAAAAAAAAAUCAAGACAAAACAAAAAAAAAAAAAAAAUAGAUUUGCAUUCGGUCGAGCGUCAUCCAGUUGCAGAUUUCGUCCUGUCUUUUCCCAUGAUUCCUGUUAGGGUAAUGUACAAGACCUGUCUUUUCUUUCUAUGAAAGGAGCUGCUAUCUGUACAAAGGAACACCCCCAGAACUGUCCAGUUUGCUCACGGUGGGUUUCGAAUAAAGUUCAUUCAAAAUAAACUCAUGCUUUGUAUUGCGGACUAGAGACUUGUGUCUAGGAGGAAUCUACGUGUCCCUGACUGAAGAGAAUAAUCUAUUCCAAGGUAUCUUGUUUGUAAACAUUUGUCAGAUUAAACUUUUUUCCCUUUUGUAUUAAAACUCAGAAUAUGUAUGUAUAUGAAACAACAAAAUAAAUGGAGAUUGAUUCUGCUCCCUAGAAACA